AUGCCUCUGGUGGGGGUAGACGACAAGUGCUGCUCUGCGCUCAAAGGUAUUGCCCACUUGCGCUGUCAGCUUUGGGGUAGACCACUUCCGCCAGCUGCUGUGCUGUCCACAAGUCUUACGAUCCCAUUCACUGCCCUGGACGUACUGCCUCAGAGGAGCAAGCCCAGUAAAGAGAUGGUGCUUGAGGCCAAAGCAGCUCUCCAACUGGCUCAGGAAAUGAAAAGGUCUGGGAAAAGGGAAAAGGCUCAUAAACUUCUUAUGCAUGCCUUAAGUAUGAAUCCAGAUUAUGUAGAAGCCCUUACAGAACUUGGGACUAUACUGGAAGAGGAGAAAGAUGUCAUCCAGGCAGACCACCUUUACACGAAAGCGCUGGCUCUAUCCCCUUGUAACGAGAGAGCUCUGAUCAGCCGAGACCGGACUCUUCCCUUGGUGGAAGAGAUUGACCAGCGUCACUUCAGCAUUAUUGACAGUAAAGUGCGCAGACUCAUGUCCAUCCCUAAAGGCAAUUCUGCUUUAAGGCGAGUGAUGGAGGAAACCUACUAUCAUCACAUCUAUCACACUGUAGCCAUAGAAGGCAGCACUCUCACGUUGUCUGAAAUCCGUCACAUUAUUGAGACUCGAUAUGCUGUGCCGGGGAAGAGCCUCCAGGAGCAGAAUGAGGCGAUUGGUGUUGAUGUAGCUAUGAAAUACAUCAACACAACACUGCUAUCUAGGUCAGGAACCAUCACAGUACAUGACAUUCUCGAGAUCCAUCGUCGUGUACUGGGCUUUGUGGACCCUGUGGAAGGAGGAAGGCUACGCAACAGUCAGGUGUUUGUUGGACAUCACAUCCCACCUCAUCCACAGGACUUGCAAAGACACAUGCAGGAGCUGGUGGAGUGGCUCAACUCUGAGGAGUCUCUGCAGCUGCAUCCAGUGGAGUUUGCUGCACUUGCUCACUACAAACUUGUUUAUGUGCAUCCAUUUGUUGACGGUAAUGGGCGCACAUCUCGUCUACUCAUGAACUUAGUUCUCAUGAAAGCCAGGUACCCACCAAUUACCAUUCGCAAAGAGCAGCGAGCUGAAUACUACGCUGCUUUGGAUACUGCAAAUGAAGGGGAUGUUCGACCUUUCAUUCGAUUUAUUGCCAAAUGCACAGAGAUAACAUUGGACACACUGUUAAUUUCUACAGUAGAACAUGCGGUUGGGCUGCCAGGAACGAGCCGACACCCAGUCUGUCUGGACUGCAAGCAAACUAUUCCUGUCCAUUGA